GCCCGGGGAGCCUGGAGACAACUUUGCCGUGUGACGCGCAGGGAGGACUGCAGGGCCCCGCGGCCCGGGGCUCCGCGCCGCCUCUGAGCGGGCCCGUGCUCCCCGGCGCUCCCGGCACCGCGCUCGCUCCGCUUCGCCGCCCGCUCGCCGGCCCGCGUUGAGGACGACCCGCCCGUCGCCGCCGCCGGCGGCCCUUCCUCGGCGCGAGGUUGAGGCGCUCAGGUGCGAGCGCGGGGCCCCGCCGCAGCGCCCGCCGCAGCGCCGCGCCAAGCCGCGGCAGGCUCCGCUCCGGGGGCCCGGGCGCCUUCGUUUCCGUCUCGGCCAAGUUGCGUCGACCGGCCCUUUCGCCACCUUACCCGCCCGGCGGCCGAGCCGCCGCUGCCGCCGCUUUCGCUUCACCCGAGCGGGGGCUGCGGGGCCCCGACGCGUAGAGGAUGGGAAGAAGGCUGCGGAUGCCGAGGCGCCCCGAGACGCCCGUGCGCCAGUGACCCUCCGGCCCUCGCCUAGCCCCGCGCGUCUCUCCGGCACCCGCGGAGCCCCUUCCCCGCAGCGCGGGAACCCCCGCGGCCCGGCCGGCCCCCUCCCCCUGUGAGCCGGCGGCGGCCCUCCCGGCGGGCGGGCGGAGGCCCGGGCGGGCGCGGGAGGGGGCGGGGCGGGGCGGCGCGCCGGGAGCCCGGAGCCCGGCCCUGCGCUCGGCUCGGCUCGCCUCGCGGCGGGCGCCCUCGUCGCCAGCGGCGCACCAUGGACGGGCUGCCCGGUCGGGCGCUGGGGGCUGCCUGCCUUUUGCUGCUGGCGGCCGGCUGGCUGGGGCCCGAGGCCUGGGGCUCGCCCACGCCCCCGCCGUCGCCCGCCGCGCCGCCGCCGCCCCUGCCGCCCGGAGCUCCCGGCGGCUCGCAGGACACCUGCACGUCGUGCGGCGGCUUCCGGCGGCCCGAAGAGCUGGGCCGGGUGGACGGCGACUUCCUGGAGGCGGUGAAGCGGCACAUCUUGAACCGCCUGCAGAUGCGGGGCCGGCCCAACAUCACACACGCCGUGCCCAAGGCCGCCAUGGUCACGGCCCUGCGGAAGCUGCACGCGGGCAAGGUGCGCGAGGACGGCCGGGUGGAGAUACCGCACCUCGACGGCCACGCCAGCCCGGGCGCCGACGGCCAGGAGCGCGUCUCCGAGAUCAUCAGCUUCGCGGAGACAGAUGGCCUGGCCUCCUCCCGGGUCCGCCUGUACUUCUUCAUCUCCAACGAGGGCAACCAGAACCUGUUCGUGGUGCAGGCCAGCCUAUGGCUCUACCUGAAGCUGCUGCCCUACGUGCUGGAGAAGGGUGGCCGGCGGAAGGUGCGGGUCAAGGUGUACUUCCGGGAGCAGGGCCCCGGCGAGCGCUGGGCCGCGGUGGAGAAGCGCGUGGACCUCAAGCGCAGCGGCUGGCACACCUUCCCGCUCACCGAGCCCAUCCAGGCCCUGUUCGCGCGGGGCGAGCGGCGGCUCAGCCUGGACGUGCAGUGCGACGGCUGCCGGGAGCUGGCCGUGGCGCCUGUGUUCGUGCACCCGGGCGAGGAGGCGCACCGGCCCUUCGUGGUGGUGCAGGCGCGGUUGGGCGACAGCCGGCACCGCAUCCGCAAGCGGGGCCUGGAGUGCGACGGCCGGACCAACCUGUGCUGCCGGCAGCAGUUCUUCAUCGACUUCCGCCUCAUCGGCUGGAACGACUGGAUCAUUGCGCCCACUGGCUACUACGGGAACUACUGCGAGGGCAGCUGCCCGGCCUACCUGGCGGGGGUGCCCGGCUCGGCCUCGUCCUUCCACACGGCCGUGGUGAACCAGUACCGCAUGCGGGGGCUGAACCCGGGCACCGUGAACUCCUGCUGCAUCCCCACCAAGCUGAGCACCAUGUCCAUGCUCUACUUCGACGACGAGUACAACAUCGUCAAGCGCGACGUGCCGAACAUGAUCGUGGAGGAGUGUGGCUGCGCCUGAGGGCGGGGCUCAGACGGUCCUGCGGCGGGGGGCACGCCGUGCGCGGCCGGGGGGCCGUGGUGGUGCCACUGGGCUGCCCGGGAGGUGCCCGGGGGAGGCCUGAGAUAUUUUCCUACUUCUUCAUCCAGCCAUCAGUCAAAAGCGGAGGGAGAACCCUCCACGGACACGGCAGACUCGACAGUGCGCACGUGGACGCGCACAGCCGGUGGCACCCUGCCACCCACACAGCAGCCUCCGCGAUAGCAGCGAACGGAUGCGGUGACAAAGGGCAGCUCAGCCCCAAACGCCUGUCACCCGGAGAGUGGGGUGAGCAGCCACCAUCCCCACCAGCUGGCCUGGCCACUCUGAAUCGCGCCUUCCGAGCACACAGAAGAGCACAAAGACAGAGACACACAGAGAGAGAGGGAGGGAGACCCGCAGAGGAGCAGCAGAGGCGGAGGUGGGGAGCGGGCCGCGGGCGAUGGCCGCGUGUCCCCUGUCGCCUGUGCAGGGCCCGCCGUGCCGCGGCAUCUCUUGGCUCCGACGCGUGGGCUUGGUUCCCCCGCCUGGGAUCCUUCCUGCUGCGGCACCAGGGCAGCCCCCAUCCUUUCCCACCCUUGGAGAGGGAAGGAGGCCCAGAAAGGACAUCACCUGCCGGAGACGGUGGGGCUGUGGCAGUGACCGUUUGACUGUUGCUUGGGUCCCUGCCUUGACUUCUGUGUGUGUGUGUGUGUGUGUGUGUGUGUGUGUGU